AUGUCAGAAUCCACCUGUGUUUCCGCUUCCGCCUGUCCCACUGCACCGCCAGCGUCACACACCAGCGACUGUGAUAGUGAGGCUCGGCUCUGCACGUCUCCAUCUGAUAAACUGCUCCUCCUCACGACCCUCACGACCCUCAUGAACCUCACGACCCUCAUGAACGUCACGACCCUCAUGAACCUCACGACCCUCAUGAACCUCACGACCCUCAUGAACCUCACGACCCUCAUGAACCUCACGACCCUCAUGAACCUCACGACCCUCAUGAACCUCAUGAACCUCACGACCCUCAUGAACCUCACGACCCUCAUGAACCUCACGACCUCACGACCCUCACGACCCUCAUGA